CUGGCCUAAGCUCUCCCCUCAUCCCUGCUUCUGUUUCCUGACCAAAAGCUAGUGUUCCUUCUGCAACUCUGCCUGGGACCUGCACUGUCCAAACCCAUGAAGUUUUGGUGGGACUGCUAAUCACAGGUCUUCACACCCUCCUGAUCACAGUGGCCACUCUCACUCCCAGGACAUGUGUGUGGAGCAAAGCCACACAGGCAGGCAGUUGAAGCUGUUACUCAAUAAGCAAGCCUUUCCUGAAUUCCUAGAGGUGGCCUGACUACUCCUCUUCCUGACCUGUGAGGUAUCCUUUCUCCUUCAAGUAUCAAUGCAGCAAGUGUUGGAUAACCUUACGGAGCUCCCUUCAUCUACAGGAGCAGAAGAAAUAGACCUAAUUUUCCUCAAGGGGAUUAUGGAGAAUCCUAUUGUAAAAUCACUUGCUAAGGCUCAUGAGAGGCUAGAAGAUUCAAAACUAGAAGCUGUCAGUGAUAAUAACUUAGAAUUAGUCAAUGAAAUUCUUGAAGAUAUCACUCCUUUAAUAAAUGUGGAUGAAAAUGUGGCAGAACUGGUUGGCAUACUCAAAGAGCCUCACUUCCAGUCACUCUUGGAGGCCCAUGAUAUUGUGGCAUCAAAAUGUUACGAUUCACCUCCAUCAAGCCCAGAAAUGAAUAAUUCUUCUAUCAAUAAUCAGUUAUUACCAGUAGAUGCCAUUCGUAUUCUUGGUAUUCACAAAAGAGCUGGGGAGCCAUUGGGUGUAACAUUUAGGGUCGAAAAUAAUGAUCUGGUAAUUGCCCGAAUCCUUCACGGAGGAAUGAUAGAUCGACAAGGUCUGCUUCAUGUGGGAGAUAUCAUUAAAGAAGUCAAUGGUCAUGAGGUUGGAAACAAUCCAAAGGAAUUACAAGAAUUACUGAAAAAUAUUAGUGGAAGUGUCACCCUAAAAAUUUUACCAAGCUAUAGAGAUACCAUAACCCCUCAACAGAGUUGCAUCAAUAUGGAGAGGCAUCCAGCACACGUCCGUCAGGUGUUUGUGAAAUGUCAUUUUGAUUAUAAUCCAUACAAUGAUAACCUGAUACCCUGCAAAGAAGCAGGAUUGAAGUUUUCAAAAGGAGAAAUUCUUCAAAUUGUAAACAGAGAAGAUCCAAACUGGUGGCAGGCUAGCCAUGUAAAAGAGGGAGGAAGCGCUGGUCUCAUUCCAAGCCAGUUCCUGGAAGAGAAGAGAAAGGCAUUUGUUAGAAGAGACUGGGACAAUUCAGGACCUUUUUGUGGAACCAUAAGUAGCAAAAAAAAGAAAAAGAUGAUGUAUCUCACAACCAGAAAUGCAGAAUUUGAUCGUCAUGAAAUCCAGAUAUAUGAGGAGGUAGCCAAAAUGCCUCCCUUCCAGAGAAAGACAUUAGUAUUGAUAGGCGCUCAAGGUGUGGGACGAAGAAGCUUGAAAAACAGGUUCAUAGUGUUGAAUCCCACUAGAUUUGGAACUACAGUGCCAUUUACUUCACGGAAACCAAGGGAAGAUGAAAAAGAUGGCCAGGCAUAUAAAUUUGUGUCACGUUCUGAGAUGGAAGCAGAUAUUAAAGCUGGAAAAUAUUUGGAACAUGGGGAAUAUGAAGGAAAUCUCUAUGGAACCAAAAUUGAUUCUAUUCUUGAAGUUGUCCAAACUGGACGAACUUGCAUUUUGGAUGUCAACCCACAAGCCCUGAAAGUGCUGAGGACAUCCGAAUUCAUGCCCUAUGUUGUAUUUAUUGCUGCUCCAGAACUAGAGACAUUACGUGCCAUGCACAAGGCAGUGGUGGAUGCUGGUAUCACGACUAAGCUUUUGACGGACUCUGACUUGAAGAAAACAGUGGACGAAAGUGCACGGAUUCAAAGAGCGUACAACCACUAUUUUGAUUUGAUCAUCGUAAACGACAAUCUAGACAAAGCCUUUGAGAAACUACAAACUGCCAUAGAGAAGCUGAGAAUGGAGCCACAGUGGGUCCCAAUCAGCUGGGUUUACUGAUGAUUCAAUAGGUUCAUAAUGGAAAUAAAACUUUUUAAAAGUGACUGCAAAAAAUAAGCCUUCUGCUGAGAAAAUACAUGCACAGAUAGAAGAUAUCUGCCAAGUUCAGGCAUUUUUAUUGUGUAGACUGAAAUACCAGUACACUAUUCUGAAUUUUUAUAUAAAAUGUGGUUGGGAAGGGAAGGUGUACUAAUAUAUAAUUUAUCUUAAUUUUUCUAACUUUUUAUGGAUAAUCUUUCUAUUCAUACCACAUAAAGAAAUGCGUUGAAGCAUUUUGUAUAUGUUUUGAUUUAGUACCCUUGCCUUUUUCAUCAAAGGAAUUUUCAAAUCCUUCAUUCUCGCAUUGGUCUCCCAUUUUCACUGUGAUAAUGAAUACUUGAAAUAGUUUUGUAAAGCUGUCCUUUAGUUCAGUAUUUAGUGAAGGGUCAAUUACUCUUAUUAGGAAAAAAACAGUAGUUAUUGGCCUUCUUUCCUAAAACAAAUUCUUACAGAAGCAGAACCUUCCAAGGUAUAGAAUAUCAGUACCUUCCAAGUCUGACAGCAGAAGUCUGCUCAACACUACAUGGUUUCAUUGUUUCAGAGAUACAUGGCUAUCCAUUCUAACUUAGGCAGAUAUAUUGGUUUUUUUCUCCUUCAUUUCCAUCUUGAGGGGAAAAGUGAACAGCAAUACUUUGCACUCUCAUUUGUUGCUAUGACAGGCUGAGGCUUGCUAUGACAAGUGAAUGUGUACACAGCAAGUAAGACCAUGCAGGCUAAGAGUGCGCCUUAUCAUGUAACAUAGCAAAAUGACACAUAAAAAGUUGAUUUUCACGUGUAGAAAUUUGACAACAAUGAUCCUACUGCUUUUGACAGGUUUUUACUGGGAUAUGGUCAGCAAAUGUAUCAUGCCUCUGCAAAUUUCUGUGAUGCUUUAAAAUGCCUCUAAGUUUGCCAAGUGGGGGAUUCUGUGAACAAUUGGCGUGCUUUUGAAGUGUGAUGUGAUUGUUAGUAGAUUUGUUAAAUCUGUUGUGUUGAGAACCAAAUCCAUUGAACAACUUAUGAGAUUUGGAAAUGAUGUCAGCUGUUUUUUCUAUAUAAAAUAUAUACAUUAUAUAAUAUGUACAUUGUAUGUAUUAUAUAAUAUAUAUUAUGUAAGGCUUUAUAUAUUUUUUUUACAUUUCUGUUAGGAAAUACACCUUUUCGUUUUAAUAGAAAACAGCUCUUUAGAUGCAUUAACAUAUUCAGAUUUUAAAAAUUCAUCUCAGUUUAAUAUCUUCCUUUAGGAUUCUUGGAUGGUAUAAAUUCUUCCUCAAACAUAUGUACAGAUGUAGCUCAUCAUUAAACUAAGUUAGCCAUGUUUUAUAUUGGUGCCAGUUUUUCACAGGAACAGUAUUCACACCUACAGGGUUAGGUGCUUGUGAUCAUCAUUGUCUGUGGUAGACCAGGCACCUGGUUGUUGAAUUUGUUGUCUCCUCAGCCGAGCUAUCACCUGGAACACCAGCCAGGAAGAGCUUAGAAGGAAGAGAAAAUACAUGGCAAUAAGCACUUAUAUGCACACAUUGCUUUAAAUCUUGAAACAAAACACCCAAGUUUCUGUAUUGUUAAGAUUGGAAAUGUGUAGGUAUUUUUUUAUUCUAGAGUUUCAUAUCCAGAGCACGAAUCCAUGUUCCUUGUCCUUGAAUAGGUAAUUAGUGGUAAAAUGGAUUAUACCCUAUAAUAACUUUGGUAACUUUUAAACCACAUAUAUUUACAUCAAAUUCUUGGCUUCUCAAAGCAACCUGAAUCAAAGCACAGCGUCAUGACUUAGUGUUUCAACACUGUAAAUUUUAAGAGAAAUUUCAUUUCCAUGUUCUCAGGAAAUGUGCGGUCUUCUGCGGUGUGCCUUCAUGCUGCUGCACGGAGCCUCUUUGAACAGCUUUGGGAUCAUUGUAGCAGCACAAGAAGUUUAAUAACCACAAAAUAUCUCAACUGUCGUGACAUAAUGGAGAUGAUUUUUACAUCAUUAAUAUUUUUAGCCUUCUCAUAUGGUGUAAGAUGCAUAUUAUGUAGAAAAUAGUCUACACUUAAAGGAUUUCUAUUAUAAAUGGUUUUCAUGACUACUUAAUAUAUACUAGAUCCUCCAUGAUAUAAAAAAGAAAUAAUGCUGUUUAGUUUAUUUCAGUCUAGAUGCCAGAACUGAAGAGAAUAAAUUCAGAAAAGUUCACUGUAUCUCAGUAGAGUCAUUGAACUUGAAAGUGAAGUCCCAUCUGAGUCUGCUGGACCUGGUAGAGCUCUGUUGGGUCAAGGCAUUCCAGAGGCCCCAGGGUUCUCCCAAGGCAAUGAGAGUAUUGUAAUCAGUGAAGUGUGAACUUCUCAUAUGGGAAAUAUCUAAAAUAAUUAGCUUUCCUGAAGAGAAAACAGUUUAAAAUGAUGCUGAACAAUUGGUAAUAGUUAAGAUACACAUGCACGUGCAUAUGCCUUUGGAAAACAUGUGCCAAUACAUUAAUGCACCUGAGGAUUCUUUGUGGACAGAGAGUGUCCACAUCAGCAUUCAGGGCAUGUCUAUAGUAUAUACAUAUAUAUUUUUGAUUUUCAAAUGUACAAAUACCAGUAGAGGUGAUGUUCCUGGAUAAGUCAUGUUACACUAUAACUAGUGGAAUAUAUGUGAUACAUUACAAGUAGAGUUUCACUUUUAUUCCAGCCAUGUGUUGAUUAUGCGGUCUUAAUUUCUGUUUGGUAUUUGUAUAUUAUCAAAUAUCUAAUACAUCAGGACUUUUACUUUUGCCAAUUCUUAACUAUACAGUUGCUGAAUAUAGCUUUCUAAAAUAGAAAUUCUACCAUAAACCCAGUAUGAUUACAGCAAUAGUAGCCUGAACCCUAGAUUCUAGAAUCUAGUAAAUUUACUUUUAGUAGCUUAUCAGGACAAGUUUUCUUUAAAAGAGUAAAUUGGUUAUUAACACAAAUUUAGGAUAUAAUGCAAAUUAGCAAUAAAAUACAAUAGCAUAGCAUUAUAGAUUAUGACCACAUACUAACUGCUUUGACCGUACUAUCCCAAUGGCAAUAAAAGAUGAUCUUUGCUUUAAAAGUUCAUUAACUAUGUACUUACUGUUACGUAAAACAACAAGUGUCCUAUCCGGUGGUUGGAGUUGAUUUUUAAGAUGGAUAGCCAUGGAGUUAGGUACAAUUAAUUUGAACUGGUAAAUAUUUGAACAUAAAAGUUUUGAAAAUUGGUCAAAAUAGUGAUUGAUUACUUAACAUAGUACUUUUAUGACUUCUGAAACAACACUCCAUUUUCCAGAAAUCACAGGCUAGGGAGCCAGUAAUUUUGUAGUAAUGAAUCUUUUUACUAAAUAUGGAAAAAGAAAUCCUGAACUUUUAUGUACAUAUAUAGGUCAUUUUUUAAAUGUCUGAGUCACCAUAUAUAUAAUAUAUAUGUAGCCAUAUGUAUAAUAUGUAACAUUCUUCCAAAAUACAUGAAUAAUAAAACUAAAUAUGUUCACCCAUGUAACUAUAGCUAGUGUUCUUAAAUGUUUACUCCCAAAUUCUUAGACAUUCUGAAAGUUUUCACAUUGUUUUAUAAGGCUUUAGUUUUACUUUGAGGCAGAUACUAAUCUCCUUUCUGAAAAAUAUGAUGAAAUUAAGCUCAGAAAAUUAUUAUAACUUAAUUUCCCUAAGCAAAAAGGACAGAGUUCUAGAUGGCAGCAUCUUGGGAAAUAACUUAUUUUAAACUUUCAAAUGAAUUUGUGAUAUGGUUCAGGCUUAGAGAUUAUGGUAACUGCCCUCCUCUUGUUCCAAUGGAUUUGCUGUGAGAAUUCAUGUAAUAACAUCUGUAAUGUAUUUUAAGUUCUUGAGCAAAAUUUAGUAUCUUAAAUAAUAGGAUUAUUGUAUAUAGUACAAGUGAAUAUUCACAAACUUUUAAGAAUAUAGUUAACUAAUAAAUUCAGCAUCAUUUUUUUAGUAUACUCUGUAUUUGAAGAAGAUAAUUCUAUAAUUCUUAAAAGGUAAGAUUGUUUUUUAAUUACAUUUUUGUUAGCUUCAAGUUUUAUUCAUUUUUUAGUAUUUCCCAUAAUUCAUUAUGUUACUUUUUGUAUUCCUGGAAUGGUUUAGUGCACAGAAUCAAAAAUGAAUCUUUAAUACACUAAAAAGUGAAACAAUGAUAUCUCAUUUCUAAGGUAAGAACUUUAAAGCAUGGUUUGUACCACUUUUGCAGUACACUGCACUACUUUCUUUAAAAAUAAUCUGUUUUGUUAAAAAUAGAGAUGGUGUACUACUUCUACUAAUUGAGAUUCUGAUUCUGACCAUGCGACCUUUGAUAGAAUUUAUAUUUUCCUUUUAAUAUUCCACCAGUUGAGUAAGGCUAGCUUAUAUAUUUGUCUUCACCUUAAAUUACAAGAAGUAAUUUGUGACUCUGAUGUGAUAAAUGCUAGACUGAAAAAUCCUUCUUAGGCUACUUUUAUGUGUUUAUUAUACAUAUUUGCUUAUAUUGAGGUUGCUUAUCUUUUAGUUCUUUUAAAGUGUUUCUCUUUCAGAGGUAGCAUAAUAAAUGGUACACACCUUUCAAUAAUUCUACCUCCAGUUUCUAAAAAGCUCUGAGGAGGGUCUGUUCUCUCUUGUGACCUUAGUCAGAGGUCCAUGUUCAUUGAGAAUCCACUCUUAAAGCCAAACCUUUAACAAAUUCUUACAUCAAAUGAAAUGUGAGCAACCCAGUACUCUGACACCCACGACAUUCUGAUCUUUGCCCCUUAACUCUCCCUACCUUAGUUCUUAUGCCUGAAAUUUAUCACCACAGCCCUAGUGUUUAACCGAUGGUAUUAAGUUUUAAAAGUGUGUUUCUUUAUAGGGAGAAAUGUUAGCUCCAGUUAGUGGAUCUUGAAUCCAACAUGAAGACAAUCUUAGUUGCAUUCUCUUUCUAAUUGCUUCACCGCCGUUGGCCGAUAACGCAGCGCUGUGAUAAAUCUGACUUGCCUCCACACACUAGAAUCAGCCAGAAGUGACAGUUCUUCCCUUUUUCUUUUUUCCUAUACUAGUUUUUACUGUUUUCUAAUUCCCAGCACAAACUGAAUGAACACCUCUAGAGUGAAUAUAAAUGCUGCUACGUACUUGGGAGGGUGAAUGAUUCAAUGCUUAUAAACCUGUCUUGAGUCCCACUGAAUAGGUAUUGUUGCUUCCACAAAGCAGAAGCCACAAGGUCUUAUUUUAAAAGUUGGAACUAGAUGUCUUUGUUGCACUUCAGCAACAGCAAGCUGGAGGUAGAAACUUACAAAUACAACAGGCCAUACCUGAAAUUUGGCUUUCCUCCCUCAUAUCAGCGAGGUGGCCAGAAGCUUAGAGGAAGUGGAAAAAAAACAGAGCAUUCAAAACUCCUCAGCUAUAAAUGAUCACUGUCAAAGCAGAAGUCUUCACCAGUUAAAAUAUGUGGUUUUCAUCUUAAAUAUGAGAGGCAGGCAGUAGUUUAGAAACAUUGCUUUGAAGACCUAAAGCUCGUUCUGGUAAACAUGGUCCAAAUGAGGAAUGCCUUCAUAGUUUGAGGUGGAACCAGGUUUGAGGAAUAGCUCAUCUCCAACUGUAAUUUAAAUACAAGAUAAAUAUUCCUUUGGCCAUGUGUACACUUUUAAAAAGAACUGCCAACUCCUGUUUCUUUGGUAACAUUGAUUAUUAAGGAAGUGGGAUCUAGGGUUUUGCUGGAGAAGAAUGAACACUAGGGUUCAGCAGCAAGUGUAGUUUUCUGCAUGUUGAGUUAGAGCCUGGUGAGUAUUUGAUGUGAAAACCCUGCUUUGGGGAUUUUUUUUUUCCAUUUCAGUUUGGUAUAUCUUUAAUUUUUGAACACAAAUGCAUGUUCUUUUUAACCUCUAGUCUUUGAAAUAAUUGUAGAACUUUUUUUUUUUAAUGGAGGGCAAAAUGCUUGUCAGCAAUCUAAAAUUAAAAGCUGAACAAGCUGUUAAAGUUAUGUUUCUGAUGAAAAAGUUUAAAAAUAAAAUUUAAUUGCUACUGCUUUCCAAAUAAUUGUACUACUAGUUCCUGUAUAAAAGAAACAUCACUGCUGUCCUUGUAAAAAUAAAAUUUUCCUUACAUUACAAUUAAGUAUUGAUUUUUCAGAAACUGUCCCUAUAAAUUUCUUUUCACUUAUUUCCAUAUGCUGUCCUAAACAAAAACUAUUGAAAUGUUCAACAUGUGAGAUUGUAUAUUCCAAGUAAAAUAUUUUUGUAUAUAUAAAAAUAAAUAUUUAAUAAUUGCAAAAAUGUAGUGUUUCAUUUAUAGAUAGAAUUA